CAUAGAUGAACAAUUAACAGUGUGGUAAACCUUGCAUACCAAUAUUCAGCAAAAUACUACCUAAUGUGACAAUCAAAUAUAAAGUUAUAUUUUUAUCCCAAUAUAUAUGUAUAUAUUUCGUGAAUUAUUAAUAAAAGUAUUUUUGAAUAAAGCAAGAAAACAAGAUGUAAUUAAUUCUUUGAUUAAAACGUUUUUAAAAUGACCCUAUCAAAAACGGCAUUAGGGGUGAGCUGAUUAAUUUCAAAUUGUACUACUAAGUGAGUAAACACAAGCUCGACCAAUACUACUUGAAACAUGAAACUGAUAGAGCACGCAAUAUCACGAGAGAGAUAAAAAACUUGUUAUAAUAUAAUGAUAAUUUCGUUUCUGAAAUUCCUGGAAAUGCUAGAUUUUUUUUAGGAGACCAUCCUCUACCCCUGGUAGAGCUAGUUGUAAUAAUUAUAAUAAUAAUCUUAUUAGCAUGUUUGAAGAAAUACAAAAUCAACAACAAAAAAUUGUAAAAAUAGUUAUUAAUAAUAUAUGACUUCGUUCAGUAAAUUAUACAUUGAGCUGUUUCGUAAAUUUACUACCAAUUAGUCAACGCAGGUAUUAAAUGAGCUCGAAACGAUCGUAUUAACGAUCACUAAAAUAUGUCGAUUAUACUGAUAAAUUGACAAUAACAUUUUAUGUAUUCGUGUAGUUUUUAUACGUUAUUCUUAUUAUAAUAAAAAAUAACAAUCUUAAGUUAAUAUCUCUCUCAAAUAUCAAACAAUUAAGAAUAAUACAUCAAAGCGUCUAGAAAAAAAUGUAUAAUACCUAAGAACAAUCGCUGAAACAUUGUGAUAGAUAAAAUACUUGCAAUUAUAAAAAUUGAAUCAUAAAUAUUCAAAUUCUCUGAAGUGAAACUUGAAUAUUGCAAUUGAUUCCAUGAACUUGAUCCUAUCGCUAAAUCCUCCCUAUUUAAUCAUACAUUUUUUACCGUUCAAGACGUGCCUAAUACUCGCUUAUCGUUUGAACGAAUUGACAAUAAACAGUUAAUAGAAAAAUGAUAAACAUGAUACGAAACUUGGUACAGUGUGGUACAGUUUGCGGUAUCGGGAAAACGAUUUACGAUGCGCGGGAGUGUUCGGCGAACAUUUCGGCGCGCUAAAUCGAUGGCGCAUCUCGUAAAGUCCGGGGGUGUAUACACUUCUACGUUAGUUUGUAGGAGAUACCCAUCCCUUCUACAUCUCCCUUCGGUCGUGUAGGAAGUAUCGUGAAAGAAAGCUGAACCAGUGUACGUGCCGCUGCAGUAUUAUAUACAAGCGGAGCGGUAAAGAGGUGAGCCAGGGGCAGACGUUUUCCAGUUGUGAGGUGACAGAACGACAGGAACGAGAAUGAAGGAGCACGAGACAGGAGGAUGUCAAAGAAAACCGACCAAACUCAGGAAUCUCAUCUACAAAACGGAAGCAUUUGAUUCCCUGCACGCUAGAAAUGCUGAGAGAACAUUGUGUUCUGGCCGUGUAUGUCUUGGUAGCAUUAUGCAGCUACCAAUUCAUAGUACAGAGGCUCGUUCCAGAGAAGAAAUCCUAGUGCAUGCGAAAGAUUUCCUGGAGCAGUAUUUCUCUUCUAUCAGAAGAUUAAACAGCGAAGCGCAUCGUUUUCGUUGGGAUAGUGUACAGAAGGAAGUUUUAGUUACUGGUACUUAUCAAUUAACUGAAACAGAACUAGUGUUCGGAGCAAAAUUGGCCUGGCGUAAUGCUGCAAGGUGUAUCGGUCGCAUUCAGUGGUCUAAGUUACAAGUGUUCGAUUGUCGCUAUGUGACAACAACCAGCGGUAUGUUUGAAGCAUUAUGCAAUCACAUCAAGUACAGCACUAACAAAGGAAACAUCAGGUAUGCUCAAAAAAUGCAAUUAUCCUUUUCACCGUUACCAUCGCUUUCCCUGAAUCAUUCAAAUUUCAGAUCCGCAAUAACAAUAUUUCCGCAACGUACAGAUGGAAAACACGAUUAUAGAGUGUGGAACCAACAAUUGAUCAGUUAUGCGGGUUACAAGAAUCCAGAUGGUACCGUAACGGGUGAUCCUGCUAAUGUUGAGUUCACCGAGCUGUGCAUAAAACUAGGCUGGAAAGGUGCACGUAGCCGUUUUGAUAUAUUGCCACUCGUGUUAUCAGCCAACGGCCAUGAUCCUGAUUACUUCGACAUUCCAAGUGAACUUGUUCUCGAAGUACCUCUCAGUCAUCCCACGUAUGAUUGGUUUGAAAAAUUAGAAUUAAAGUGGUUUGCCAUUCCUGCGGUGUCGGGAAUGGUGUUUGACUGUGGAGGACUAGAAUUCACAGCCGCACCUUUUAAUGGAUGGUACAUGAGUACCGAAAUUGGAGCAAGAGAUCUCUGUGAUGUUCAACGAUACAAUUUAUUAGAGACAAUAGCCACGCACAUGGGGCUGGACACAAGAACAUCCACCUCCUUAUGGAAGGAUAAAGCUAUGAUAGAAGCUAAUGUUGCUGUGCUACAUAGUUUUCAAAUGAAAAACGUGACGAUUGUAGAUCAUCAUACUGCUUCAGAAUCUUUCAUGAAACAUUAUGAAAACGAAAUGCGAUUGAGAAAUGGUUGUCCAGCCGAUUGGUUGUGGAUCGUACCACCGAUAUCGGGAUCAGCCACGCCUGUAUUUCAUCAGGAAAUGGCUAUGUAUCAUUUGAAACCGUCUUAUGAUGCCCAGGAUCCUGCUUGGAAGACACAUGUUUGGAAAAAGGGUCGGGAUAAGAGAUCAACGUCUAAAAAACCAAGAAGAAAGUUCCAUUUCAAGCAAAUUGCAAGAGCCGUGAAAUUUACAUCAAAAUUAUUUGGAAGAGCUUUAUCACGAAGGAUUAAAGCCACAGUACUGUUCGCCACAGAAACUGGUACUUCGCAAAUGUACGCUGAGAAACUGGGUGAAUUAUUAGGACAUGCUUUUCAUUCCCAGGUACUCUCGAUGUCAGACUAUGAUAUUAGCAACAUAGAACAUGAAGCUUUACUACUGGUUAUAACAUCCACUUUUGGUAAUGGUGAUCCUCCAGAAAAUGGUGAAGCUUUUGCUCAAAAUUUGUAUGCAAUGAAAAUGAAUGAAACUUACAUCAAUAGUGGUAACAAGAUAAGCUUGGCAACUUCAAAAUCGUUUAUCAAAGCCAACAGCCAAACAGAAGUAAGUAACUCAAAGAAAUUAGAUAGAUUGGAUUCACUUCGUGGUUCCACUACGGAUUCUCAAACAGAAGACACCUUUGGACCAUUGAGUAAUGUCAGAUUUGCUGUCUUCGCAUUGGGGUCAUCCGCGUAUCCAAACUUUUGUGCGUUCGGUCGUUACGUGGAUAAUUUGUUAGGCGAAUUAGGUGGAGAACGAUUGCUGAAAUUGGCACAAGGAGAUGAGAUGUGUGGACAAGAGCAAGCUUUUCGAAAAUGGGCAGCAGAUACUUUUACUGUUGCAUGUGAGACAUUUUGCUUGGAUGAUGAUGAUACUUUGCUCGAAGUUGCUUUAUCUUUGGGAUCAGAAGCUCUGUCAGCAGCAACUGUUCGUUUUGUAGAAGCUGAAGCUCAACCAAUUGGAAAAGCAUUAAGCAAAUGCCAUAAUAGAAAUGUAACUACUUGUAAUAUGUUCCGGAAGACAAAUUUAAGCGGUGAUUUGUUGAGCGGAACUACAUUACUUUUGGAACUUGAUGACAUAGCUAGCAUGGAAAUCCCGUAUAAACCCGGUGAUCAUUUAGGAGUUUUCGCAUGCAAUAGACCAGAAUUGGUCGAAGGAAUUUUGAAACGAAUACAAACUCCUUUUGAUCCAGAUAUACCCAUUGAAUUACAGAUGCAAAAACAAUCUCAUACUCCAAAUGGCAUUGUGAAAACAUGGAUGCCGCAUGAUAGGUAUUUACCCAACUCUUUAAGAAUGUUGUUGACCAGAUUUCUGGACAUUACAACACCACCGACACCGAAUCUUCUUAGAUACUUUGCAUCGGUAGCGACAAAUCCAAAAGAACAAACGCAACUUCAUCUUUUAUCUUCUGAUCCGGCAGCUUAUGAAGAUUGGAGACAUUGGAAAUUUCCUAAUUUGGUAGAAGUAUUGGACGAAUUUCCAUCCGUAAAACCAUUCGCACCGUUGUUGCUGCUUCAUUUAACUCCUUUGCAACCAAGAUUUUACAGCAUUUCUUCUUCUCCAGAUGUACAUCAAGGACAAAUACAUCUCACUGUUGCAAUAGUACAAUAUACGACACAAGGUGGUUCUGGACCAGUUCAUUACGGAGUUUGUUCCAAUUAUUUGCGUGAGAUAUCAGAUGGAGAACCUUUGUAUGUAUUUGUUCGUAGUGCGCCUAACUUUUAUAUGCCAACUGAACCAAAAGCACCAAUGAUACUGGUUGGUCCAGGAACCGGAAUCGCUCCUUUCCGUGGUUUCUGGAAUCACCGACUUGCUCAAAUGAAGUAUCGACCAGAUCUUGAAUAUGGAAAGGUGUGGCUAUUCUUUGGUUGCCGGAAUACGAACUUGGAUCUGUACAGGCAAGAGAAAGAGGAAAUGGUGAAAAGUGAAGUUCUGGAUAAGGUCUUCUUAGCACUUUCUCGAGAACCUGGAUUGAAAAAGACAUACGUACAAGAUUUAAUUCAAGCGGAAGCUCCACAAAUUUAUGACAUGUUAGUAUAUGAACAAGGUCAUUUUUAUGUCUGUGGUGACUGUACUAUGGCGGAGGACGUUUAUCAAACUUUAAAACACAUUAUACAAACUCAUGGUGAAAUGACGGAUAAACAAGUUGAAGCGUAUAUGUUAUCGUUGCGCGACGAAAAUCGUUAUCACGAAGACAUAUUUGGUAUAACGCUACGAACAGCGGAAGUACACAAUCGAUCAAGGGAAACAGCAAGAAGCAGAAUGGCUGCAGAACCUUAGAU